GGACAAAACAUGAGAGGUUGAUCUUUGUUGUUAUGGAUAAAGUGGGAGCUCAAGUUUUUUGGAAUUUUGGCUGAAAGGCUAUUCCAAGGAUAACGAUAGAAUUAGAGGAACAUCACCAACUCAUUUCCUACAAAUUGAGAGAAUGACGUUGCAGUUCGGCAUCAAGCUCACAGAUUACAACAUUGCUAAUCUAACAAGUGAGUACACAAUUACCAAAAUAUGGAAGGAUGAAGAAGAUCAAUUCACCAACGAUAUUCAUGACUUGAUCGAGGAGAACAAGAAUGACGCUGCUAAUGGUGGA